CCCCCAGAAAGCUUCAUCUAGAAGGUUAUUUUCUUCAGACACACAGAGGGUCACUCUUCUCUGAGUCUCUGGCCUCUUCCAUGGCCUAUUCCAGAGACUAAGACCCCAAGCGAGAGGGGGCCAUGGGCCUCCGGACCACUAAACAGAUGAGAAGGAGUGCGAAACAAGCCUCCAGUCACCACGAAGAUCAUAUGGCAAAGGAGCCAGUGGAAGACACGGACCCUAGCACUUUACCCUUUAACGUGUCAGACAAAUACCCCAUUCAAGAUACGGGACUCCCUAAAGGUGAGGAUCGCGAUCCAGUGACUUUGAACGGCCCGACAAAUUCCGACGUGCGACCUCAGGGAGAAGAAGAUGGCUUUCCAGACAGCACUGGACUUCCCCUUUCAGAUAUAAGCCAAGGUGAGCCCUGCAAGGAGGACUGCACUUGCUCCUCCUGCUCGCUCCGGGCCCCCACCAUAAGUGACUUACUCAAUGAUCAGGACUUGCUAGACGUCAUCAGGAUAAAGCUGGAUCCGUGUCACCCGACAGUAAAAAACUGGAGGAAUUUUGCAAGCAAAUGGGGCAUGCCUUAUGACGAACUGUGCUUCCUAGAGCAGAGGCCUCAGAGCCCCACCUUGGAGUUCUUGCUCCGGAACAGUCAGAGGCCGGUGGGCCAGCUGAUGGAGCUCUGCAGGCUCUACCACAGGGCCGACGUGGAGAAGGUCCUGCACAGGUGGGUGGAUGAGGAGUGGCCCAAGAGGGGGCGUGGAGGCCAACCCAGGAACUUCUAGACCUCUGCUCCUUCCCAGUGGCCUCUUUGGACAUUGAAACAGCCACAGGUUAAGGAGGAAUGUGGAUCUGUCCUUUUUUAAGGGUUUAAGAUGAGGACUCGCAAGAGUGGACAUUGGUUUUCUCCAAAGCUGGUGGUUUUCCUUGGAGGGUAGGGUCCGUUUUGGUGGUGGAUUUUUGUUUGUUUAGUUUUGCACAUCUGUUUUAACUUAACAUUUGAAUCUGGAACUGGGAAAGCGUACUUUGUAGACUCAUAUAGGGACCAGGGCCAAAGACUACAAUCAGAAUGGACUCAUGCCAUGAUGAAGAUAAAAUUAUCCUCCCCCUUGGAUACUGUGGAAGAUUGAAAUAAGAACUAAGCUUGUUGAUGGCCCCAGUCAAUCAUCAUCCGUAGGGUCCUUCCUGAUGGACGGGACGCCCACGGCCUAGAAGAAAACAUAAAGUACAGUAAAACGUUGGUUUGUGAGUGUGAUUCCUGCCGGAAAUGUGCUUGUAAUCCAAAGCAGUCUUCUAUCAAAGCGAAUUUCAAGAACCAUCCGCUUGGUUGUGGUCAUGUGACAUUCGGCGUCACCUACUACUUGUUUAUCAAGUUAAAAUCUAUUAGAAAUGUUUGCUCAUCUUGUGGGACACUCGCAGAACAAGUUACUCACAAUCCAAGGUUUUCCUGCACUUAGGUGAAGGACGUUGGUAUUAUGGGACCACAAGUGCCGUCUUUUUAUUCAAAUGCUUUUGUAAUCCGUGCACUCUCAAAAAUGUCAUCUACUCAAGUAUUUUUGCAAGAAAUACAAAACUAACGGUUUUGAGAGGAAAGAAUCGGGAAUCAGGAGGGGGAAUAAGGACCUUGGGAAAGUGUUUGGCAAAGAGAGUACACAGAAUGCCCUUUGUUGCCCAGGACUUUUUAAAAAUUAACUUAAUAUGUACUUUCCCAUCUUUUGUGUAAGGCUGAGUGUCUUCACCCCAGAGAUCAAGCUUGGUUAAGAAAUAAAUAAGAAUCACCAGGCCCAA